CAAUGAGAAGGAAGCAAGGGUUUUCAACGAGAGCAAGGUGCAGGUGGCUUGAUUGCGAGAAACGUACAGUGGGAAUCACUCCGACGUCAUCGUGACUGUAACCCAAAUGGUCUGCAGCCUCGGUGUAGCAGUCGCAUUUUCCAGCAUCCUUUUCCUCCUCGAGUACGCCACAAUCCUGUUUGGAAAGUUAAGCAAGCUCGGCAACUAGAAUCUUGUAUACUUGGCCGGCAGCUAUCGGCUUGUCACCGAACACUUGGAGUUCGGCAUUGAAAGCUCUCUCGGAGCAGAAUAGAAUCCAGCACCUGCGUACAACCAAGCUCGACUAGAUUUCCAAUGAUCAAUUUUUGCAUUUUUCACUUGCCCUCUUCGUCGUUCAACUCCGACGAUAAUCUCCACGGAAUCAAUAUUGCUCGCGUUUUGUUUGAGCGCGCCUGUGAGCCAAAAUGGUAUGCCAUGAUUGAAUUGCACGACUGCCGCAACAUCCAAAUCGACUACUUUCCCUUUAGUAUUUCUUUGCUCUCUUUGCGCUGCUAACCACGUCUGUUUACUGCUUUUCACUUAUAUGAAAAUAAAACAACAGCUAUUUUAGCUAUCUCGCUAAACUCAUAAGUUGUUAUUAUUAUUUCACUACGAUAACAAUUAAACGCCCGUGAGCUGCGAUUUUAGAAUUUUUGCCGACGCGCUUAACGUAAAGCGAGCUGUGGCGCUAUGCUACAAGCUUGCAAGGAUGACAGAGAAAGAGAGAGGGAAGAGACAGAGAGAGAGAGAGAGAGAGUGAGAGAGAGAGAGAGAGACAGACAGACAGAGAUGUAAAAGUUAUCGCGUGGGGCAGCGAGCACGAGUUGCGGUAAUCGCAAAGCAGUUGAACCACGUUGCGUUCAUUCAUUAUUUCAGAGUGUAAUUAUCGUUGACUGGCAGUUAAAUCUGCUGUAACUGCAAACUCUUUGUACUCAGCAAGAUUCUAUCCAGAGCUGCUAUGACGACCUUUCUUAGGUCGCUUCAAUUCGUGAGGAGGUUUAGUCUUCACGGGAGGAGGUUAGGCUGCUCAUCUACAACUCACGUUAUCAACACACAACUGCUUAAUUUGUCCAGAAGACAAUGUGCUCUUUUACAUGAGCAACGCACUUAUGUAACUAAACCACAGUUCAAUGACAAAAUCUAUAAUGAAUUAAAUAUUGACAACUUAUUAAAUGAGCUUGAUCAAAGAGUCAGAAAUUACCGUGGCAUUUACAAAAGUCACAUAGACCAAGUGCUGAAUGCUGUCACAGAGAAAGGUUCUUUAACUCAUAUGCAAGCCUUACUGUUGAUUCGAUGUUGUGGUGAAUUUUUACGUGGAGAAUCCCCUGCAAUAAGGAAUGCUUUGACCGAACAAAUUUGGGAAAUCAUUAAGGAAUUAAGGGUACCACUUGAUGUAUCGCACUACAAUGCUCUUCUAUUAGUUUAUCUUGAAAACGAAAAAGACUUUUCUCCUGUGGAUAUUUUAUGUGAAAUGAAAGCAAAUAAAAUUGAACCAAAUCAUGUGACAUUUCAAAGACUGAUCAGACAGUAUUGUAAUAAAGGAGAUAUUUCUGGAGCUACAAAGAUUUUAGAGCACAUGAGCGAAAAAGAAAUACCCAUAAAUGAAAACAUUUUCAAUUCCUUAAUCAAAGGACAUUCAGAAUCAGGAGACAUUUCAAACAGUAUAAAAAUUUUGGAUAUAAUGAAAAAUGCUGGAAUAGAACUAACAUCGCGAACGUAUUCAGAAAUAUUGUGUGCUCAUGCUAAAGCAGGAGAUGUCGAAUCUAUAAAAUCAACUUUUAAUCAGUGUCAAGAAAAGAAUAUACAGCUUACUGAUAAGGAAGUUUUAGAUGUGAUCUAUACACUGGCUGUCAAUCAACACUUAAAUAUGAUAGAUGAGAUGAUCAGCUACUUGAACAAAGGUGGUUUAUAUAAUAAAGAUGCUGUUGCAUGUAUUUUAAAAUUACUAGAAAAGAAUUGUAUAGAUGUUGCUUACAUACUCUUAAAAACUUUGCUCAAACCGGAAAAUCUUAAAAAUUACGAAAGUGGAGGCUUCUUCCUCCGAAAGUUAGUUACUUCUGACGCAAGUAAUGAAACAAUGAUCAAGUACUGUAAUCUCUUGCUUAAGGACGAGUUACAUCACAAUCCCUUUGAAUUGACUAUUAUUUAUAUGUUUACUCAUAAUAAGCAACAACGGACUCUUUCAAUUAUGAAAAGUUGGGCUGAAACUGGUGCAGAAAUAAGAGAACAUUACUUUUUCCCAAUUUUCGUAGCUCAUAGCAAGGAUAAUAAUUUACAAGGCUUGCUAAAUACAGUAAAAUCAAUGGUAUUUGAUUUUAAAAUCACGCCGAGCAUAUCAACGAUAAAGGAAUAUAUAGUGCCGUAUUUGGUUGAAGAUGUAUUCACUAAUGCACAAACUCUAGUCAACAAUCAUUUACCGUUUGCAAAUGUUGCUCAUGCAAUAUUAUUGCAUUUACUUUCACAGUCUAAGACUCAACUGGCACAUGACUUCAUAACUUCGACUACAUUGACGUAUCGACUGGGUAUGUUAACGCGACCACUCACCCGAGCUCUAGCACGUACUAAAGAUUCAGCAUCUAUUGCUGGCAUAGUACAUCAGCAGUACGUCUUGGCACAAAAAAAUCAAAAUACAGUUUCCGAAGAUAAGCUUACGUCCAGAGAGUUCAGCAGCUUAAUUGUGUCCAAAGCUGUUAUUGAUUUGCCUUCGUACGAUACCACUCUAAUGAUCGAAUUUCUUCAAAACUUAUACGAAAGAGGAGUUGGUAUUGAUAAAGGAGCUGCCGAGCAGGUCAAACAAUAUUUAGGUAAUACUCUCAAUGAUGAAAUCGAGGGUCUUUUGAAUGCAUUAACAUCUGAUAGUUUGGAACCUAAAAAUAUCGAGAGAAAUGGAAACCAUAGAAUCCAGAGAUAUCGUAACUCGAAGGAUUCAAUAGAGGAAUCUGACGAAUUUCAUAAGUUGCUCCAAGUACAGCAAUAUGUUCGAAAUGGAGAGAAAGAGGCCGUUCAACAAUCACUUUCACAACUUGAGCAGGAAAAUAUCAAGUACUUUCCUGGUUUUUGUGCAACAUUGAUAGAUUAUUAUGCUUCGUUAGACGACGUCGAAGGAGCCACCAAAUGGUUUACUAAGUUGAAAGAAAUAGGCUCUGGUUUUAAAUUGAACAAGGGAAAAAUUUUAAAGUACGCCGCCACGCUUAUACAGUCUAAUAAAAUUGAAGAGGCAUUAGAAGUUUUGAAAAAUCCAAUUAACGAUGUGGACAAUAAUAGAAACGUAUUAGCUGAAAAACUGUUGGAGCGCGUAUAUAAUGUUUGUCCAGAAAGAACAGAGGAAUUUGUCAAACUGAUGCACGAUCAAAAAUUGAUCAAUAUCGUCACGGCAAAUAUGUUUGCUCCCUUAAUUAAGGGAUAUUUGAAAGCAGGAGAUAUAGAAAAGGUCAUUGAAAAAUACAAGUGGGUGUGUGAAAAUUAUAAACUAACGCCAUGCAAAAUUUUGAUAAUGUCACAUUUGAUAAACAAGGAGGAUGCAAAGACCCUAAAAUAUAUAACAGAUCUUUCGACUAAGGUGCACGGCGAAGUUAAUUCAUUAAUCGAUCUUGCAGUAGCUUUCUUCGAAUGUAACCGACUGUACCAAGCAAGAAAAAUUUUAGAAACUCCAGGACUACGACUGAAUAGGGAAAAGAUGAGAAUAAUUAUUGAAAAAUAUUACAUGUAUGACGAAACACGUUUGGAAGGUUUUAUACAACUUCUAAAUGGAUUGUUCCUUGAUGUAGAUCCGUUCUAUGUUUUAUUAUUAAAGUCCUAUGGAAAAAAGGGUAAGUGGGAAAAGUGCCUGGCUCUAUGGACUCAGAUGCAGGAGGAAAAUAUUCAGCCUUCUGUAACCUUUAUGGAAGAACUGGAACGAAUUCUGAAGCAAUGCAAUCAAGAAAUUCCCUUUGCAACGUCUCACAAAGAAUCAGUGACAGAUCAGAAUUUUGCCUGCCUUGCUUGAAUGCAACUUUGUGAAGGUCGCAAAAAUUACGAAUAAAAUUCAAUUUGUUUCCAAUAAUUAGUCUUUUUUGACUAUCCAUCUGAUUAUAAUUAUUCAUACAGAAAUGAAGAUGAUGGAUUUAAAAUUUUUUUUUAAAUGUAUCAAGUGCCACGUCAUUAAUAACACCGGAUUGUACAUCAUAUUCGGCAAUGCAUGAACGUACAGUUGAUUCAUCAGAUAAAUUAAAUCCGAAAUUCCUUACACACGUGGAACAUGUAGUAAAGGAAAAAACAUUUGUUUCACAAGAUUUGUUCACUUUCUAUAUAGGGAAGUAUAGCUUUAAUUUUUUUAGAAAUAUUUGUCAGAAUGAAAAAAUAUUGGUAAUUGUUGCAAUAUGUAUAAUAUGUUUUAUAAAUGCAACGUUAUUAUAAAUUUAUAAAUUAAACGUUCUUAUUUAUUAAAUACCCAUUCGAUUUGUUCAUACAUUUUACCUACUUUUAUUUUACACU